CAGCCAUCGAUUUUUUUACAUUCACGUCACAAUAGAGUGAUAUCAAUUGUCCAUUCAGUUCAAAAGUGACCGUCGAGUGAGUGUCACCGAAAUUUCGGCAAGCCAACCUGUCGCAAAGUUCCCAUAAAAUUGCUCAACUUGCACUCAUCGUGAGAUUUCUCAAUUGCGGGGAGUCAUUCGUGAUAAGGGGAAUGCGAUAGCGAUUUCGCAGUGACGCGAUAAGAUUGUUGAAAGCACACACACAGGGUCGGAGGUAAAAUUGAUAACUCUGUGAUUGUGAGAUCUCGCCGUUGAGAAGAAACGCAGAAGAUAUAUAAACCGUCACUGUAUUUUUAGCUGAAUCAAAAAGAAUUCAUUUCAUAUAAUUUUCGUGUAAGACACACAGUUGGCAGUGCAUGUGAAAAAUGUCGAAUCUUGUAGGGAAUGUAAAAGUUCUGCAGGAAUUGAAGGCUCAUACGAGUGAUGUCACAUCGAUUGAGUUUCACGGCAGUUCCAUCCUGAUCACGGGAUCCAGCGACAAAACCGUACGGGUGUUCCGCUGGCAAGUGGGCAGCGGUUUCGUGGAGGAGAGCUUCUCGCCCCUCAUCGGCCACAAGUAUGGCGUAACAAGUGUUCGGAUGUCGCCUCAGGGAGGAGUGCUCGCGAGCUCGUCUGUGGAUGGGAGUAUCAUCCUCUGGAACAUUGGCAAUGGUCAGAAAGUCAGUGUUCUCAACCAGGAAGCUGGAGAGGCAAUCAGGGCGUGUGCUUUUAGGCCAGAUGGGUCUGUCAUCGUGAGUUCUGACGACAGUGGAGGCGUCUGCAUGUGGGGACAGAGCAAGAACUUCAUCAGUUCCAUUCGGGUGCAUGAAGAAGCUGUCCACACGCUAGCCUUCUCACAGGACUCUUAUCUUCUAUUGACAGGAUGUAAUUUGGGAAAUUUGCGCUUCUUCAUCCUGGAGGCUACGGUUGAGAGAGGUCAAAAAUUCAUUGCUGACUGCUCUGUGGAUAAUGCUCAUGAUCUGGGAGUGCUUUCGGCGGACUUUUGCAAGAUAGUUCGAACUGAUCCCUCAGAUCCUCGCACUUCGAUCUACACUCUGGUAACUUGUGGCAGUGAUCAUUAUCUGAGGAUUUGGAGGCUAUUCGUUGUGCGCGGAAAGCAUGAAGAUGAGGAGAGGAGAACCAGGCUGAUUCCGCAAACUCCACAGGAGCACAUCUGUGGCAGCGCAACAAUAUACUGCACGGAGAGAAUGAAUGCUGAGUGUGUGCAGUCUAUCAAUGCCCACGGAAGCUCGGUGACUUGCGUGAGAUUUAAUGAAAGUGGAACCUUAUUGGUGUCCAGCAGCCUGGAUAGAAUGGUGAAGAUCUGGGAUAUGCAGGGAAAUUGCUUGAAGACUCUCUCUGAUCAUACACGCUACGUCAAUUGCAUUACAAUCAAUGGAAAUUCAACGAUUAUUGCAUCCGGAUCGAAUGAUCGCCGAGUGCUGAUAUGGGAUCUGGCUGGAAAUCUGACUCUGAACUCGCAUAUCUCCGAAAUGAGGAGUCUUCUAUUGAGUCUCGUCGCCCAGAGUGGUACUGAUAUACCACUGGACUACAUUUGUCCAAUAACACAUGAGCUGAUGAAGAAUCCCGUGAUCCUUGAGGAUGGCUUUUCCUACGAAGCGGCUGCUAUAGAAGAGUGGUUCAAGAUGGAUAAGAAUACCUCGCCAAUGACGAAUCUUGAGCUCACCUCUACUGAGACCAUCCCAAACACCCAGCUGCGGGGUAAGAUUGAGAAAUAUCUGAAGUCCUUGGAUUUUGAUGCUGUCGACACGGGAUUUUGAGAUGGUGUAAUUGUGGUAAUUGUAUUAAUGCCUCACUUUGUAUACACGUGAUCUUUUUUGUAUUCAAGCAUUCAAAACAACAUGUAAUGUGAUUUUUACACGAGAAAUGUAGGAAAAAUAUAGAGUGAAUGCCCGCCAAAAUAAAUAUUUUAUCAUGAUAUUGAUGUCGAUCAUGGUCAUUGUGAUUUUUCCUUGUAUUCAUUUCCUGCAGUGUCCUGGCAAGCCUUUAAGUACAAUGAAGCUUUGAGCUUUAAAAUGCCUUUUAAUUGGCCAACUUCGGGAUGAAUGAUGGAAAACGUCAGAAAGCCGUGCGGAAAGAAAUACAAAAAAUCAUUUGUGCAUAAAAACAUGAAUAUAAAAGAAGAAAUAGAGGAUGAUUCUUAUGGUUACCAGUCUGAAAUUCAGUUAAUUGACUGCGAUAUAGUGAAGGAAGAGUACGCAAUACAAUGCAUCCCGGAAUAUAACGUCGAAGUGUAAGUUGAUGAGCUUUCAAUGUUUAUUUUCUAAAGUUUGUGUCUGUUCCAGGAAAUUCAAUGUGAAAAUUGAAAAAGUCGACAAUGUUGAGCUCACAGAAGACUCAAUUCUUGGGCCGAAGUACGAAGAGAACAAAUUAAGACAUCAAUUGCAUUCUUAUAGGAGAUCUCGUUGGUCUUGAAAGUGUCUUAAUUGCUGCAAAACUUACAACAGCGUGGAGGGUUAUAGGUCGCAUAUUACGAGAACAUGUUAGAAAAAUAAGGAAAAGAAG